AUGGAAACAAAGUUGAGGAGUGGCAAAUGUGAUAGCAUAAAAAGAAGAGUGAGGAGUGAGGGCUGUUUUGUGGUGGAACCUGAGGGUAGGAAAGGGGGAUUAAUGUUACUUUGGGACCAGUACACGAGAGUGGAAAUUCUGAACUAUUCCAAUAGACACAUUAAUGCUUGGAUUAAAAAUGAAGAUAGUAAUGAGAGGUGGUUGCUGACAGGCUUCUAUGGGCAGCCUGAAACUAGACUAAGGGCAGAAGCUUGGCAGUUGUUGGCAUCAUUGAGACCAUUAGAGGAGGUAGGAUGGUGUGUGGUAGGGGAUUUCAAUGAAAUAUUAACACAUGAUGAAAAAAAAGGGGGCAAUCCAAGACUAGAGAAACAAAUGGGCAGGUUUAGAGAAGCAUUGGAGAUGGGAGGUCUGUUUGAUUUAGGGUGGAAGGGUGAUAAAUAUACUUGGAGUAAUAAGCAUGGGGAUGAGACUUUCACAAAGGAAAGGCUCGAUAGAGCAGUAGCUAAUAUAAGGUGGAAAAGGAUGUUUAAGGAAGGGUGGGUAGAAGUUCUAGCUGCUAGGUGCUCUGACCAUAGACCCAUCUUACUUUAUGUGAACCAGACUUUUUCUAGUGAAAGGAAGAGGAAGAGGCUGUUCAGAUAUGAGGCCAAAUGGUCUUUGGAGGAAGAUUGUGAAGAAGUUAUAAAAAGAGUUUGGCAAGUGAGAACAAUGGGCAGGGAUAUAGAAAAGGAUUUGCAGUUGCUACUGGAAGACAGUAGAGUAGCCUUUCAAAGCUGGAGCAGGAAGAUUACUCAAGAUAAGGGAAGACUAUUAAAGGAAAAAACAGAAAGGCUUAAAAAAUUACAAGAAGAUGAAGGGAGUCACAAUAUGAUGGAGAUAAAGAAAAUACAAGAGGAGAUAGGGACCUGUCUUGAGAUGGAGGACUUAAAAUGGAGGCAAAGGGCCAAGUUGGAUUGGUACAUUCAUGGGGAUCGAAAUACUAAGUUUUUCCACUGUUGUGCAAAUCAAAGGAGGAAAAAGAAUAUGAUUUCGCAGAUUUAUGAUGAUUAUAACUUGAGGCAGACCAAACCUGAGAAGAUUGAAAUGGUUUUUAACAACUAUUUUCAGAACCUGUUCACCUCAACAAACCCGACCCCUGCAGAUAUUGAAGACAGUUUAAGGGAGGUGGUACCUUGUGUGACAGAUGAUAUGAACAUUUGUUUAACUAGAACCUUCACUAGAGGAGAGGUCGAGGUAGCUCUUAAACAAAUGGCUCCAUUAAAAUCACCAGGCCCAGAUGGAUUUGGACCAUGCUUUUUUCAAAAGCAUUGGCAUGUAGUAGGUGAUGGAGUGUGCAAAGCUGUUUUAUCAUGGCUCAAUGGUAAUGAUCUGAAUUCUUCUUUGAAUUACACUUAUCUUGCUCUUAUUCCUAAGGUUAAAGAACCAAGAGUGGCUAGUGAUUUUAGGCCUAUAAGCCUUUGUAAUGUUGCUUACAAGAUCAUGUCAAAAGUCUUGGCAAAUAGGUUGAAAAAAUUUCUGAAUGCUCUUAUUUCACCCAACCAAAGUGCCUUUAUUCCUGGAAAGUUGAUUACAGAUAAUAUAAUGGUGGCUUAUGAGGUGCUUCAUUCAAUGAAAGCUAGGAAAAAAGGCAAAGUAGGGAAUAUGGCUAUCAAAUUAGAUAUGUCUAAGGCUUAUGAUAGGAUCGAAUGGUGUUAUUUAGAGGCUGUUAUGGGGAAAUUGGGUUUUUGCAGGAAAUGGAUUGAACUUAUCAUGAAAUGUGUAACAACUGUGAGCUAUUCUGUGUUAAUCAAUGGUAGCCCCGGAUCUAGGUUCCUUCCUUUGAGAGGUUUGAGACAAGGUGACCCUUUGUCACCAUAUCUCUUCAUUCUUUGUGCUGAAGGGCUUAGUGCACUGCUUAAUCAUUCAGAUUCUAGGGGUCACACAAGAGGAGUCACAGUAGCAAGAGGUGGAACUCGAAUAAACCACUUACUUUUUGCUGAUGAUUGCAUUUUGUUUGGAAGAGCUGUAGCAGGAGAGUGGAUUAAAAUCCAAGAAUUACUACUGAAAUAUGAAAAAGCAUCAGGGCAGUUCUUGAACAAGGAAAAAACAGCAAUCUUUUUCAGCUCAAACUCAAGGAAUGAAGAAAAAAGGAAGAUUUUGGAACAAGGAGGCUCAGUUAUGAAAGGCAGCUAUGAAAAAUACUUGGGUUUGCCUCCUGUAGUAGGGAAAUCCAAGUACAACACUUUUAGAGGAAUUAAAUUCCCUUAUGGCAAAUUUUGGUGGGGCAACCAGUCUAGUAGCAAUAAUAUUCACUGGUGCAGUUGGGAAAAACUUGGAAAAUCAAAAGGGAGGGGAGGUUUGGGUUUCAGAGAUCUCGAGAGCUUCAAUGUGGCUUUGUUGGCUAAACAAGGAUGGAGGUUUUUACAGAAUCCAAGGAGUAUGGCAGCCAAGAUUUUCAAGGAAAAAUAUUUUAGCUCAGUCUCUUUGUUUGAAGCUAAGUUGGGUUAUAGACCUUCAUUCAUAUGGAGGAGUGUAUGGGGGGCCUUGAAGCUGUUAAAAGAUGGUUUAAGGUGGAGAGUUGGGGAUGGGAGUAGCAUAAGGAUUUGGGGGCAGAAAUGGCUUCAAACACCCUCAUCUUACUGUGUGCAAUCUCCUUGCUCUAUUCUAAAUGAGGAAGCAAAAGUUAGUGAGCUGAUCUCUGAAGGAAAAUGGAAUAAACAACUGAUUGAAAGAAUUUUCACUCAAGAAGAAGUUGAACAAAUAUGUAGCAUCCCUAUUAGUAGACUAAACUCUGAAGAUAAAAUGAUUUGGGGAGGUACCAAAAAGGGACAAUUUUCUGUUAGCAGUGCAUAUCAGAUGGAAAUGAACAAGAAAGAAGCAUUGAAGGGUGAAAGUUCAAGGGGCAGAGAAGGGGAUGCUCGAUGGCAGGAAGUUUGGGGUUUGAAUAUCCCAGGAAAGGUAAAAAUUUUUAUGUGGAGAGCUAUGAAGGAAUUAUUAGCAACUAGAGUGAAUCUGUCACUGAGGAAAAUAACAGAUAGCUCAUCUUGCCCAAUAUGCAAAAAUGAUGAUGAAUCAGUGAUGCAUGCAAUAUGGUACUGUCCAGCAGCAGCAGAUGUUUGGUCCGAAUCAGACAUUGUCAUACAGAAGUGGAGCUUGUAUGAAACUGAUUUAUUAAAACUAUGGGACAGUUUGGUGGAGAAGGUAAGCAAAGAUGUGUUAGAGGAGACUGUUAUGGUUAUGAGAAACAUCUGGUUAAGAAGAAAUGAGUUCAUCUUUGAGGGAGUUUUCAAAAGACCAAGCCAAGUCAUUAAAGCAACUAGAAAUGAAUUGAGAGUCUUCCAACUGGCUCAACAGAAUGCAAAACAGAAUCCAAUUCCAAGAGUAGAUAGAGGUGCUGUUUCGUGGAGCAGACCAAGAGAGUCCUUUGUUAAAGCUAAUUGGGAUGCAGCAAUGUCGAGAAAAGAUAGAAAGGUGGGGCUCGGGGUGGUCAUUAGAGAUGAGGAAGGGGAAAUCUUGGGUGAUGCUCAAGCUAUAGUGAAUGCUGUAAACAAAGGGGAUGAAGACUACUCCUCUUAUGGGGGUGUAAUUGAAGAUGCCAAGAAGAUGUUAAAAACUAUAGAGAACUGGAGUGUUAAUUUUGUUUAUAGGGAAGCAAAUACGGCAGCUCAUGUGCUUGCUCAAGAAGCUUUAUCUUUACAUAUAGAUUUAGUUUGGAUUGAAGAGACUCCUAAUUGUAUUAGGAGUAUUAUUUGUAAGGAAAAAUCAUGUAAUGAUGUUAUAGUUCAAUGA